UAUAACGAAAACGACAACAAUGGCUGGCUUCCAUGGACUUUUAAAUCUAUCUAUUUCAUCUUCCUCUGUAUCCAUUUCAUAAACCAAAAAAUAAACUUUUUUAUGAAAAAAAACUCUCUCUAAUCAAAGAAGAAGUUGAAGGGCUCCAUUUCGUAAGUUUUUAUAGAAUGGAGAAGCUUAAGCAAUGUUGGUCAGGUCUGCUAGUCUUGGCAGUGGUGGUGAUCGGAACCGGAGCCGUUCCGAUCACUUAUCUUCAAAGCGCCGUCGCCAAGGGAGCAGUGUGUUUGGAUGGGAGUGCACCGGCUUACCAUUUCGACAAAGGGUUUGGUUCUGGGGUUAACAACUGGAUUGUUCAUAUGGAGGGAGGCGGAUGGUGUACGGACGUAGCUUCAUGUAAUGCGCGUAAGAAUACAAUGAAGGGUUCGUCCAAAUUCAUGAACAAAGACUUUGGUUUCUCCGGUAUCUUAGGUGGCAAGCAAAACACUAAUCCAGAUUUUUACAACUGGAAUAGAAUCAAAGUGCGUUAUUGCGAUGGAUCGUCUUUCACCGGCAAUGUAGAAGCCGUUAAUCCGGCGAAUAAGCUAUUCUUCCGAGGUGCACGAGUUUGGCGUGCAGUGAUUGAUGAUCUUAUGGCUAAAGGAAUGAAAAACGCUCAAAACGCGAUACUCUCAGGUUGUUCAGCCGGAGCAUUGGCCGCGAUUCUACACUGUGACACUUUCCGAGCCAUACUUCCCCCAACUGCUAGAGUCAAAUGUGUUUCUGAUGCUGGUUACUUUAUUCAUGGUAAGGAUAUAUCAGGAGGAUCAUACAUCCAAACGUAUUACAGUAAAGUCGUCGCACUCCACGGAUCUGCAAAGACUCUUCCUGUUUCAUGCACCUCAAAAAUGAAACCUGAACUCUGUUUCUUCCCGCAAAACGUUGUCCCUUCCAUGCGAACACCACUCUUUGUCAUUAAUGCUGCCUUCGAUUCCUGGCAGAUCAAGAAUGUUUUGGCUCCAACUGCUGUUGAUAAGCGUAAGGAGUGGAAGAACUGUAAGCUUGAUCUUAAGAAAUGUACGGCCGCUCAGCUCAAAACCGUCCAAGGGUUUAGGGAUCAGAUGAUGCGUGCAUUGUCUCCGGUUCACUCUACUCCGUCCAGAGGACUGUUCUUGGACUCGUGUCACGCUCAUUGCCAAGGCGGAAGCGCCGCCUCUUGGUCCGGUGCCAAAGGUCCCCAAGUCGCCAAUUCGAAAAUUUCACAAGCAGUAGGAAACUGGUUUUAUGGUCGGAAUGCAUUCCAGAAGAUAGACUGUCCGUCGCCUAUUUGCAACCCUACUUGUCCUGCAAUCUCGACUGACGAAUAGUUCUCAAAUCAUAUGGCAAAAAUGUUCAUUUUUAUUAAUACCAAAAAUUACCAUUGCUGAGGAAUAAGAGGUUAAGACAACUGCAUUAAAACUGACUAAAAGAUCAUAUUUCUACAUUCAUUUAAAGACUAUUCCUGUAUUUAAUGUGAAAAGUUUUAAACUUAUCCAUUUUGGUGAACAACUCA